CAGAAGUAUUGAGUAGAGGUUACAUUACAUAGGGUCGGUAAAAGCUGAACUAAGUUGGCAUAAUGAGCAGUAGCGGCGGCAGCCUGAGGAACAUGCUGGCGGCAGCGGCCAUAAGAGGAGUGACGGAGGCGAGGGCGAGGAUAUUCGGUCACGUUCUGAACCCAACAGGCCAGAGAUCACCUCACAAGGUUCUCCGUAAGAAGCUCAUCGGCGAGAAAGUCGCUCAGUGGUACCCUCAUGAUAUCAAGAAGGACGACCCACUUGUAAUGGCCCGUCAAGAACAAGAGCGCUUAUCUAAACUAGAAAUGUUAAAACGUCGUGGGAAAGGUCCGCCCAAGAAGGGUCAAGGAAGACGUGCCGUUAAACGUAGCAAGUAGAGGUAAUCCCUUCAGGUGCUUUCUGAUUCAUGGCAUUCAUUUUAGUUUGAGGAUAUUGGUGAAGGUGAAAUUGUGUUUAUCAGCUGGCAGAAUUUACUAAAUCUACUCUUGAUAUUAGUGCCUGCAUUUCCUACCAUCUUUGUUGACAUUGUACUUUGUCAAUGCAAUGGAAAAAAACACAUUUUUGGUGUAUUAAAAGAUCUUAGCAUUAUUCA